AUGUCUUCAGAUCAGGAAAACCGACCACCGCUAGAGGACCUCCUGGACCACAGCGGAUCAAGAACAGACACGGAUGGCCUCAGAGGAUUGGAAUUUAAAAGACAUCAGCUCGAAGACUUUAUCCUAAGCCUGGAUAAUAAAAUUGCACGUGAUUGCUACGAGUCCUUUGCGCCCCGGUUUGAGGAAAGAGUGAAAGAUGAUCUUCACGCCGAGGCCAACUCAAUCUUUUCUCUUGAAGGGCAAAGGCUGAGGGCUCGCAACGAUAUCACGUAUACCCUCCGAGAUAACUGGCGUCACGCAAUGGAAAAUAUUGAUCGCCGACUUGAGAGCAUUUACUACGCUCUAGCUGGGCUCUGGGACCUAUUCUUGAUCGUGAAAUACGCCGCCAGACUUCUUCUCAGUCUCCGUGGAAUUAACGAGGAGCCUCACCGUUUGGCCUGUCUUCUCUUGAUUUGUGACGUGUUUGUUCCGAAUCUUGUGGAAGCGAUCAAGAAGAUGGGACAUUGGGAGGGUGAGGCUGUCAGCUGGGAUAAUGAUGACAUUGACUUGGAUUGA